GGGACAGUUUCAAAACGCUAUACAUAGUUAUUAUAUAAUGACAUUUUCUUUCUAAUGACAUGUAAUUUAACAGUUUAAUGGAUCGUAUGUAACGUUAGCUAACCAGUAGCUAACUGGUUAGCCUUUCGGUGAGGCUGCAUUGGCUCGGGUAACGUUAGUGAGCAAAAUGAAACUAAACUGUAUGGUCAGUAUUGUAAGUGACCGUCUGCUAAUUAUAGGAUGUAUCUUAGUUUAUAUUUUUUAGUUUACAUCGUCCUUAAUUCUCUACUAGAAAACAUAAAAGGUCUGUAAUCAAAUCUUUAUGAAUCACUCAGAUAGGCAGAUAAAAGCGUACUAGCAGAUAACGGGUUAAUUGAAAGAAAAUCAGUCAGGAACGUCAGUAAUCAGCCACAACGGCUGUCAUGAAAUAAUAAAUCCCAGUUCAGGCACUUGGGGUGAAAUGUUCAAUCUGAUGGCGAGCUGCUGCAACUGGUUGAAACGAUGGAGAGAACCUGCAAGGAAGGUGACGUUAGUAAUGGUUGGACUGGACAAUGCUGGAAAAACAGCUACUGUCAGAGGAAUCCAGGGAGAAAGUCCUUUAGAUGUAGCACCUACAGUGGGCUUCUCAAAGGUGGACCUGAAGCAGGGGAAGUUUGAGGUCACAAUCUUCGACCUGGGUGGCGGGAAGUGCAUCCGCAGCAUUUGGAAAAACUACUACUCUGACUCUUACGGAGUGGUGUUUGUUGUGGACUCCAGUGAUGUUCAAAGGAUCCAGGAGACCAGAGAAACAAUGGCUGAGGUUCUCCGGCACCCUCGUAUUGCAGGCAAACCUGUAUUAGUACUGGCUAAUAAACAGGACCGAGAUGGGGCAUUGGCUGAAGCAGAUAUCAUUGAGACCCUGUCAUUGGAGAAGCUUGUCAACGAGAAUAAAUGCCUCUGUCAGAUUGAACCCUGUUCUGCAGUGCUAGGUUAUGGUAAGAAGGUUGACAAAUCCAUCAAGAAUGGACUUAACUGGCUCCUGAGUAACAUUGCCAAGGACUACGAUGCAAUUUCAGAGCGUGUGCAAAGAGAUACAGCUGAGCAGAAGGCUCAAGAAGAACAAGACAAGAAGGAAAGAGCUGAGAGAGUCCGGCGGAUCAGAGAGGAGAGAGACCGACAGGAACGAGAAGAAGCAGAGCGAGAAGGAAGGACAUUGAAAGAGGAAGAUCUAGAUGAUGUCGACAUGCCCAACCCUUUCCAGCCAAUAAACAAUGUUGUUAAUGAGAAUGAAGACAGACUAAACAAAGAGAAAGAGAUGCAAAGACAGAGAGAAAAUGGCCAGCAGGGCAGUGUGCAAGAACAGACAGUCCUUCAAGAUGAGGAUGAAGAGGAAGAGGAGGAGGAUGAAGAGAGCGAGAGACAGACCCCGGAGAGCACAGAAUCAGGAGCAGUGGACCAGAACAAAAAGAAAACUAGGAAAUUACGAUUAAAACGUAAGCACAGAGUCGACCCUCUCAGAGUGGAAGAAGCAGCACCCAAAAGCCCAACCCCUCCUCCCUUACCAGUUGGAUGGGCUACUCCUAAAGCUUCUAGGCUACCCAAACUUGAGCCUCUUGGAGAUACAAGACAUUCUGGAAACAUUUUGGACAUUCUGAAUGCUGCAUGUAAUGUUCUGUGUCCUCUUCUGAAUGUUAAACCAGGCAAUUUCUAUGGCAAACCUCUCCCACCUGUAUCAGUUAGGCACAGGCCGAACAGCGAUACACAUGAUCACGGGCAGUGUAGCAAACUACGCAGACACAAUUGCCCAGAAGCGAGGAACUGAUACCCAAUCGACAAACCCAGACGGAUCACAUGACCUCGAGCACCUAUUGACUGGUGGUCAGCAGAAGCUGUGUUUAAAUGAGAUGGGGGACGUGAACAUUUAUGUUCAGAUAAUGUGCAACAUUUUGAUUUCUUUGGAGCCGUUUGUCUUGUUUUAUCAAAAUACUUAAAAUCAGUAUUAACAGACAUGAAACUCAAUUGAGACUUCUUUGUCAAAAAUAUAUCACAGACCUAUUUUUUAAGAGAAUUGAAAUGUAUAUAAAUACAUAAGUUUUAAUUUAUGUACUUGAAAUUGUACAAACAUGUUUUUAUCGUCCACAUGCAUAUCUUAAACUCUUAUAUAAUGUGCAGUUGAUUGUGACACAGUUUGCCUUUUAAAUAUCAGAUGGUCUUUUUUCCAGCAGCAUUUAUAGGUUUAUACACUACGCUGUCUUAAUUUUGAGAACGACAUUCAUACUCUCAAAUAGCACCAGCAACAGAUACAGAGAUCGUGAGAAAGUGAACUUUUGAAUGUGAUGGAAAAUGUUUUUGCAAGCCCAUGAAACGGCAUUUUAUUCUGGUACACUUUGCUUUAUCAGGGAGGAAAACAUUUGCCAUCUGAAAGAUGAUGAGUGGGUAAUUUCAUGAUUUAAUGUAAAUGUAACAAUACUCAACAUCCAAUAUAAAUACAUAUUUUUAAUAUAUGAUGUAAUUUAUUGU